AUGAAACUCUUUAUUGCUUUCGUCGUUGCCCUUACUAGCUCAGUCCUGGCCGAGGGUGUACAGGCUCGGGUCCAUGGAAACCAUCAGUACUUGCCACAGCCCUUUGUCGAAGACAGCACAGCCUUGGGGAUACGGUGCAGCAGAUCCGUCGCUAGGGAUACAGAUAAAGAACACCGGGUAGUCACUGAUGGAACCUGGUCGGGUGCCAUUAUCUUCAAAAAGCUUUGUGCGGGUAAUUUUGUGUCUGUCACGGGGCGUUUUACAAUUCCGAUACCUAAGCACACUUGCACCUCGAACGACACAGAAAAGGGGUCCGCAUGGGUGGGUAUUAGUAAUUAUACCUAUGGGUCCAUGCUACAGGCUGGUGUUGACUGGGAGGUCGAGAGAUCCGGCAAUGUAACAUACUCGGCAUGGUACGAGUGGGUCCCUUACUUGACAACCUAUCUGGACGAUUUCGAGGUUCGAGGCGGGGAUGUGAUGCAAGUGGAUAUAGCGACUACAACGCCGACCACGGCGAAUGUUCGAUUGAUCAAUGUUAGCACUGGCAAGGAUAUCAGCAUAGACGCGACGGCGGCUCCAGACAGUUUCCUGACUGGUGACAAUGCAGAAUGGGUCAUGGAAGACUUUUCUGAUGAAGGAAAGCUUCCGCCGCUGGCAGACUUUGGGGAGGUGGUGUUCACAAAUGCCAGUGCCAAGACGAGCACUGGUUGGGUGGAGGACUUGGGGGGUGCUACGAUUAUCAACAUGGUGCAGGAUGGCAAGCUAGUUGUUGAUACUCAUAUCCCUAGCCUAUCGCAGAUUGCAAUCAAGUACGUCAAGUAA